CAGAGAUACUCGCACAGCCGACAAAGUCCUUCUGUCUGGCAUGUUUCAAGUCUUAUAAUAAAACGCAGAACUAUGGCAGUGUCAGACAUCCGCCUUUUGUGACAUGGCAUGAUGAAAUGAUUAGGUGACCUUCGUAUGUCUCCUCCUGCACGGGCACGCUGGGAAUGACAGUACAGAUGACAAUGACUCCACUCUUUCCAGUUUAACUUCAGACAGCGAUGAGACUGGUGCCGAUCACUGUUACUCUUCAGCGAAUGCCUUGAUAACAUAUGAUCAGUAUGGACUGUCUUACCCGAACUGCGUACUGGCCACUUAUGCGCUUUCUGCUGCCACUGGCCAUUACUAAUAUAGCCAUUGAUUUCGGAGAACAGGCUCUGAACAGAGGUAUAGCUGCUGUGAAGGAGGACAAAGUGGAGAUGUUGGCCAGCUAUGGUCUGGCGUACUCACUCAUGAAGUUCUUCACGGGACCCAUGAGCGACUUCAAAAAUGUGGGACUCGUGUUUGUCAACAGCAGAAAAGACAGAAUGAAGGCCAUCCUGUGCAUGGUCGUGGCAGGAAUCAUUGCUGUAGUGCUUCAUGUCCUUAUAGCUUACACGGAUCUGGGCUACUACAUUAUCAAUAAGCUCCAUCAUGUGGAUGAAUCAGUGGGAAGCAAGACGAGAAGGGCUUUUUUGUACCUGGCAGUAUUUCCCAUAUUAGAUGCAAUGGCGUGGAUUCACGCUGGCAUCCUGUUAAAGCACAAGUACAGCCUGCUGGUGGGGUCUGCCUCCAUUUCUGAUGUUGUUGCACAGAUAAUAUUUGUGGCAAUCCUUCUCCAAAGUAACCUGGAGUGUUUAGAACCUCUUCUUAUUCCCAUCGUCUCUCUGUAUAUGGGAACUCUAGUGCGCUUCAUUAUCGUUGGACUGGGCUACUACUGUAACGUCCACAACAGCAUCCCUGAAACAAUCAGCGUCGAUCAAGGGGGAGAUGCCACAGUAAGAGGGAUGCUCAGUUUCUGGUGGCCGCUUGCCCUCAUUUUGGCCACCCAGCGCAUCAGUAGACCAAUCGUCAACCUGUUCGUCUCUCGGGACCUUAAUGGCAGUGCAGCAUCGAUUGAAGCGGUUGCUGUCCUCACAGCCACAUAUCCAGUUGGUCACAUGCCCUACGGCUGGUUAACAGAGCUACGAGCCGUCUAUCCAGCUUUUGAUAAGAAGACUCCAAACAACAAGAUAGCCGCGGGUCAGCAGGUCACCAAAUCCCACAUCAAGAGAUUUACUCUCGGCUGCUUUCUUAUUUCUUUAACGCUUUGUUUCAUUAUAUUCUGGACCCCUCGUCUCUCGGAGCUCAUCUUGGUUUAUGUCAUUGGAGUCGACCUGGAGUUUGCACAACUCUGCAUCAUUCCACUAAGAAUAUUUUCCUUCUUCCCUUUUCCAGUGACGGUUCGAGCUCAGCUGACAGGCUGGUUAAUGACAUUGAAGAAAACCUUUGUGUUGGCGCCCAGUUCUGUCCUGCGCAUUAUUGUGCUCAUCACAAGCCUUCUGGUUCUACCUUAUUUGGGGGUACAUGGUGCCACACUUGGAGUUGGGUCUUUACUGGCAGGAUUUGUAGGAGAGUCAACCAUGGUCGCAGUGGGUGCCUUUUUUGUCUACAGAAAACAGAAGAAAACCCCAGAUGCAGAGAGGGUUGUAGAGGAAGAUAACUCCAUUCCUAUGAAUGAGGUCACUUCCCGGUUAGAUGCGGCUGAUGGGAAUGAUAGGGAAGCAGGAGAAGAGGAAAACAACAUGAUGGAAGAAGAAGAUGAGAGCGAGAGGAUAAAAGUGAAGGUGAAUGAUUCGAAGGAUGAAAAGUAAAAGGGAUCACAUGAGAACAGAAUAAACAUCUAUUUUUCAUCGGAGAGGACAAAGAAGUGUAUAUCUGGAGCGGUGGAAUGUCCACACUGGAUAUGACUAUUAAUGGGUCAUAAAGUAUGUCGUGCGGUUUCGUUUAUUUAAUAGGAUUAACAUUUCUACCUUUCUACACUCUGCUUAACACCCGAAUUCCAGUGGAACUGUCAGUCGACAGACCUUUCGAAUGGGGAAGAAUAACCAAAAAUGACACAUGCACUACAUGUCUACAUAAAAUGCACUCCUGCACUUAUCUGUUUGCACUGAGGCAACUUUACACAGGAGCCUUCCAGAAUUUCUGCAGCCUGUACAUCUUUUUGCCAAAUGUAUGUAUUGUUGUAUUCAUCAAGAUGUUUUGGUGACAGAACUGUUCUCUGGUGAACUUUGACCCCCUAAGAUGUCACUUUUCCUUGGCCUUGAAGUGUACAAUACACAAGUCUACUAUGAGCUGUCGUACUGAUCUGGGCACAGACUUUAAGGAUUUAUAUAUUGCAAAUGAUUUAUUUUUGUAUUCAUUAUACAUGAAACCAUUCAAGUCAGAGUUUUGUAUACUUUGCAAAUGUGUCAAAAUGCUCUUUGCUAGAGAUGAUGCUCUUCUGAAUGGAGUAUUUAUUGGGGGUUUUAGAAAGCGUUAGCCCCAAUCUAAUAAAAGUUUCUGCUAAUGCUGUCUACUGUAGAAUUAGCCAAAUUGUAUGUUUGUUUUUCAACUUACUGGGACCAUAAUAUAUAUUCACAAUUUUCAUUUGUUUCGGUGGCACAGUAGGUAUUUGCGUUGUACAUGGACUGCAUCUUCAGACCGUACCCAGAUGUA